CCUGCCUUCGCAUUCAGCACCGCAGUGAUCAUCCAGGCACACCUCGGUUGUUUUGCUUCUUCGUUCGUGUUCCAGGGUUUUAAUCGCGUGCCAUUUCAUCCGCCGUCUGUAUGUUAUGUUCUCAACUUCUGUCCUGUUAAAGUGAAGCGGCCAUUUUUUUGCUCCCAGAACAUGGCGUCGAUGGAUGAAUGAAUACCCAUCAUCAUCAACCUACGUACGUUGCCCCGACCGGCGCCUUGCUUCUUUCAUCGCGGACAAGGGAAUUUCCGCUCGGUUGGUUCCGCAGGUACAUCGUGCAAUGUGGAUGUUCAAAACUUGUUUUAGGGUUUGUCCUGUCCGCUCUGCGACCACUCCCCGAUGGUACUCCAGCACGAUUGUGGAACUCGCAGGCUGCAGAGGCCUGGGGUAUUCUAUGCGCCACCGCUUUGUCCUCCCAGAACAUGACGUAGAUUGGCAAAAAUGUUUAGCAGAUCGAAGGUCACCUGGUCAUCGGUAUCGUCAUCAUUCGUCCUGUCCCUCCGUCCAUUUGACUUGGCUUUUAUAUUCACGUUACGCCCUAGUGACUAGUUCCCCAGCUGGGCACGCAUACCCGACCGCCUUGCUUCCUUUCUUUUUGCACCACAUUAACAUCCGGAGUGUGGAGCCGAGUUCGGGUGAUCUAUUCUCAGACCGGAGAAGGUCGAAGUACAAAAGUUCCUUGAUAGAUGACACUGCUUUGCGUCAUCGCGAGGUUUAUAAGCUUUGCGCAACGGAAAUAGCAGAAGCAGAUACUAUCUACACGAGCUCCACGAGUGCUCUACCCUGGUCCGUGAUCUCGAUGGUCGAUGGCAAUAAAUGAGAAGACACGAGCUGCACAAGUCGCCGACGGGUGAUCUAUGUACGUCGUCCUCUCGGGACCUCUCGAUUCUCGAAGCAAUAAAAUGAAAACUGCCGAGGAUCAUCGAUCACCGCCGGUACUCCCUUUGACCUUGUCGUUCGCAUCC